GAUUCACAGAGAUAUACACUUGUAGGCAGUUUUAACACACCUGUCAGGACAAAAAAAAUAGACGCGUUUAAAUUAGGGUUCCUGACGUCACCUGACAGCAACACAGGUUUGUCAGUGAACAAAAUGGCGUCCUACUAUAUGACUGUCACUCGGCUUCGGCUUGUCCUUGGAGAAGGGGCAAGGCGUCUCCAUGUUUCGGCAGCCUUUAAUGCCAAAGCCAAGGUUGCCAUGAGCCGCUUUGAGCCUGGCACCAGCAUCAGCUAUGAGAAGCUGCAUGAGAACAUCGACAUUGUGCGCAAGAGGCUCAAUCGCCCCCUCACCUUGUCGGAGAAGAUUGUGUACGGUCACCUGGAUGACCCUGUUGGGCAGGACAUCGCCAGGGGCCGCACUUACCUGCGCCUGCGUCCGGACCGUGUGGCCAUGCAAGAUGCCACGGCCCAGAUGGCCAUGCUACAGUUCAUCAGCAGCGGCCUGCCCAAGGUGGCCGUGCCCUCAACCAUUCACUGUGACCACCUGAUUGAGGCGCAGAUCGGAGGGGUCGAGGAUCUAAAGAGAGCCAAGGAAGUGAAUCAGGAGGUUUACAACUUCCUGGCGACAGCUGGAGCCAAAUAUGGAGUUGGCUUCUGGAAACCAGGCUCUGGAAUCAUUCACCAGAUAAUUCUAGAGAACUAUGCCUACCCAGGAGUCCUGCUCAUUGGCACAGACUCCCAUACACCUAAUGGGGGCGGCCUGGGCUCCAUCUGCAUCGGAGUGGGUGGCGCUGAUGCUGUCGACGUCAUGGCUGGUAUCCCAUGGGAGCUCAAGUGUCCCAAUGUGAUUGGAGUAAAGCUGACUGGUAGUCUAUCGGGCUGGACCUCUCCCAAGGAUGUUAUCUUGAAGGUGGCUGGUAUCCUGACAGUGAAGGGGGGCACUGGAGCCAUCGUGGAGUACCAUGGCCCAGGCGUUGACUCCAUUUCCUGCACCGGUAUGGCAACUAUCUGCAACAUGGGAGCUGAAAUUGGGGCCACCACCUCUGUUUUCCCCUACAACCACCGCAUGAAGACUUACCUGAAUAAGACUGGACGUGCAGACAUCGCUGCCCUGGCUGACGAACAUAAGGAUGACUUGGUCCCUGACAAAGGCUGCAAGUACGACCAGGUCAUUGAGAUCAACUUGAGUGAGCUGAAGCCCCAUAUCAACGGGCCCUUCACUCCUGACCUGGCCCACCCAGUGUCUGAGAUUGGUGCUGUGGCUGAAAAGAACGGCUGGCCCUUGGAGGUCAAAGUGGGUCUGAUUGGCAGCUGCACCAACUCCAGCUAUGAGGACAUGGGCCGCGCUGCUUCCCUGGCCAAGCAGGCCCUAGACAAAGGCCUGAAGUGCAAGGCUGCGUUCACAGUCACCCCCGGCUCUGAGCAGAUCCGCGCCACCAUCGAGAGGGAUGGCUUUUCUAAGAUCCUGAGGGAUGUGGGUGGAGUGGUCCUUGCUAAUGCUUGUGGACCCUGCAUUGGCCAGUGGGACAGGAAGGAUGUGAAGAUGGGGGAGAAGAACACUAUCGUCACCUCCUACAACAGGAACUUCACUUCCAGGAAUGAUGCCAACCCUGCCACUCAUGCUUUCGUCACAUCUCCUGAGAUUGUCACAGCCUUGGCCAUCGCUGGUACCCUGAAGUUCGAUCCUGAGACUGACUACCUCACCGCGGCCAAUGGUGAGAAAUUCAAGUUGGAGCCACCCAAUGGCGAUGAGCUACCUGCCCGUGACUUUGACCCCGGCCAGGACACAUACCAACACCCCCCUGCCGAGAGCGGCUCUGUUAUGGUGGACGUCAGCCCCACCAGCACCCGCCUGCAGCUGCUGGAGCCCUUUGACAAGUGGAACGGCAAGGACCUUGAGGACCUGCAAGUGCUGAUCAAGGUGAAAGGCAAGUGCACCACAGACCACAUCAGCGCUGCUGGCCCCUGGCUCAAGUUUCGCGGUCACCUCGACAACAUCUCCAACAACAUGCUCAUUGGAGCAAUCAACAUUGAGAACGACGCGGUCAACAAGAUCAAGAACCGGCUGACGGGAGAGUACGGGGGCGUGCCUGACGUGGCUCGCCACUACAAGGCUAACGGUCUGUCGUGGGUGGUUGUGGGGGAUGACAACUACGGGGAGGGCUCGAGCAGAGAGCAUGCAGCCCUGGAGCCCAGACACCUGGGAGGCAGGGUCAUCCUUGUCAAGAGCUUCGCCAGGAUCCAUGAGACCAACCUGAAGAAGCAGGGCAUGCUGCCCUUGACCUUUGCCGACCCCACCGACUAUGACAAAAUCCGCCCUGAUGACAAGCUCUCCAUCACAGGCCUCGCAACCUUUGCCCCCGGCAAGCCCCUGAAGGGAGUGGUGAAGCACGGUGACGGCAGCCAGGACAUCAUCACCCUGAACCACACCUUCAACGAGAACCAGGUCGAGUGGUUCCACGCCGGCAGCGCCCUCAACAGAAUGAAGGAGCUUCAGUAACUGGAGGGGCGGAGGAGCACAGAGAGAGGCGGGCCUGGAGAUACUGGGGGGGAAUGGGCGGUAGCAGCCUGCCUAGCGUAAACACACCCCAUGCCGCUGUACAGAUGAAAUGCUCGCGCACACAUACAGGAUUACUGUCAAAGCUCUCCCCACAGACAGGUAGAGCUGUAUACGCACACACAAGCUCUGACAUAACACACACAAGAACCCUUGUUUUUGUUUCAGCAUAGCAUUUAAGUGUUCCCGUUCUAGGCAGCACUGCUCUUGUUGGCAGUACUGUGUAAUCACAUUUGUCACGCUUUUUGCCAUUGACUGUAGUGCGGCAGUAUUCAAUUCAUUCUUACCUCACAAACACACUGCUAGCUCUCCAUAUCUGGUCUGUAGCUUGUAUCCUGCUCACAUUCCUUUCCCUGUCAUAGUUGUUGUGUUAAGCUGUGUACCUGGACCUCCACUUGUUUCCUCCAACACAGACCGAGCUGGUUAACCCAGUUGUACAUUUUAAUUCACUGAAUGUAUCCUUCUCAUUCCCAGGAUUUGCAACUCUUGUUAGUUCAAUAUUACUGCUAGUGAAGAUGAAUGUGAAUAUUUGUUUUGUUAAGUCCACCAUAGUUCUAGUGGGCCUCAGGAGCUGCACAUGUGUCCUGUGACUGACCUGAAUUGAUCUGUUCUAGUCAUUGAUUAGAGAGCAAGUAGCCUAAUAACUGUUCACAGAGUAGAUUAAAGGCAUCAAUGGAACCAUUAGAUUGUGGCCCCAGGACCAGGUUGCAGUGACAAGGUCAAUCCUUCUACAGAGUGUAGUGUAAUCAUACUUUUUUUUUUGUAGGGUUUUCCUUUUCUGGCGUUUCUCUUAACCCAUGGCAUUUGGGGUACCGUUUGUCACUCCUCUGGAUUCCACACUUUAAAUCUCUACUGCUGUUUUCUCCACAUGCUCCAUUUGUUUCUACUUGAGGGCUAUUGCAUGAAGUUAUAUUAGAUCCUAGCAGCCCUUUUCUGUGUGUCUUUGUAGGUGGGAGUAAAAUGCUGUGUUGUACUAGUCUUGCCAUUACUUUCCAUGUGCGUGUCCAUAUAUGUUAGCUAGCUAAUCUGACCAUUGCCUGUCCAUAUCCCUGUCUGGCUUUGUGCUGCUCCUCUGUCCUUGCUAAUACCAGAGCUCCACGCACAGCUUGAGGGACCUCUUCUUACAAAAUGAAUGCACAAUCUAGUUUCCAGGCUGCUGUACACUAGCGCUAUAUGUAGUAGUAUUGUAGACACUCAUCCACGCUUUCACUUAUAGAUCGCAAAUGCUGCACUCCAUAGCAUCUUAAAGCAAGGAUGUGAUUUUUUUCAUUUGAAAUUACAGGAUACAAUGAUAAAUGUAUACCAUUAUCUGAUUUAAGUUAUUACAUUUGGCUAAAACUCUUGCCAUUUUGUAUCUACAUUUUGCCACUUAAAUGGUACAUUGUGUGUUUGAGGAUAUUGCAGCUAAGUCUUUAAGUUUGCUUUGAGGGGGGCAUGACCACCACCUAUUCAUUGCAUUUGUUGUCUUGUCACUAAGGACUAAUUUACUUUAAAGUAAGUUAUAAUCAAAGUAUUCAUGGGAUCAUGGAGCCAAGAUGAUUAAUGUUGCUAUCAAAUCAACAUUUAUUUUCAUGUCAGUUUAUUUUGCAUGUCAGUGAUGAACUGAAGAGCUAACUGUCUCAGUUUUUGUAGUUGCAGUAGGGUGUAAUGAAAGUAGAAAUGCAAUGCCUAUUUUUGUCCACUAGCAUAUUGACUUCAGUGACAAUAUAUUCAGAUGAAUGGCAAUAGCUCUGUCAAACCCAAAUGUAUUUAAAGGAACUUGUUUUGGGCCUGUGUAAAUGUGAUAUAGAGGUGUACAUAUGCACUAUAUUAUAAAAUGGAGAGAGGGUGGGCAGUAGCUGCCUGGUUGAAUGCAGAGCCUUUUGUUCUCUGAUAAACCCACUGUAUCAAACGAAUCAUUUCUCCCAUCAAUUAUAUUUUGUUAAUCUGAAGCCUAAAUUAGUUUUUCCAUUCCCCCCCUCUCCAAUCUAAGGGUUUCACAACUUGUCAAACGAAUUAACAGGUGGUUGUAGGUUUUAAAUUAAAAUUCAAUUGUUGUUGAAGCAUUAAAGUAGGGUUGUACUGUACGUCUCAAUGUUUUGUCGGUCUUGGACCUGUGCUGGACAGUGGUCCGUCUUUGUAUGAUGCUCCCAGGUGAAUGUUGGAGUUGUCAUUGUAAAGGGAGAGACUGGUCAGGUGAGACAUGCCUAGGUUUUGUUUUAAAGUUAUUUGAUGCAGAUGAAGGAACCCCUGAUUUUGAAACAGGAUUGGCUCCAGAUCGCAACUUUAACCCAUGUUGUAUGCGGUUUAGAGCACAUUAACCAACUUGUUAUACUAAUUCGUCAUUUGCUUAACCUUAGCAAAGUUAACAUAUUGCUGAUGAAUUCUCUGGUCUGUCUACUGAAGUUAAUCGCCAAAGAUGCCUCAUGAAAAUGCUCCAUUACAUACUAAAACAAACAUAAGUGUUGUUACGAAGGUUUGCCAUUCUGUGUAAUUUCUCCAUGUCUAUGAACUCCAUGUUUGAGUAUGAAGAUGACCAGUGUAAUUGCCAGUUGUGUGGCUUUUAAAAAGAAAUUCAUACCGUCUUAAAUUCCCAAGUAUUUAAUGCAGUCUCUAAAUGGAACCGUUCCUUUGCAUUGUAAUUCAUAAGAAUAACAGCCACCCGUGAAGCAGUAUGCAAUAUACAAUAUGUUGAUCCCUGGUUUAAAUCAGAGUUUCUGAAAUGCUACUGUAACGUAACAAAGCAAAUGCUUAGUUGUACUCUAAGUUGUCUUCAGGAAAUCCAAAUCCUCAACUGCUUUGUUUUAUUGGCCUCGCUAUUUAUUUUCCAUUUAGAAACACUGUCAAUGAUUGACUUCAUAAGAAUGCAAAUUUUGUUCAGACACUGCAAACAAUUAAAUGUAAAAACCCAUUGACAGGCUUUAUUUAAUGUAAUCUCAAGUGGUGAAUUCUGCUUCACAGAGUUUCUGUAUUUGUUUUGAUUUUAAAGUUGGUUUUGUAUUAGGUGAUUUGAAUGCUUGCAGUUUCAUAGCGUGCAAGAUUUAAAAAGAGAUUUUAGGAUAUUUCCUGUGGUAAAUUAAUAUUUAAUAAAGAUGGAUAAAUCUUU